AUGCCAUCCAAAGACACAGUUCAACCUGCCGUCCCUAUUCUGAACCUCGCGCUAGCUGCUGACCCGGCCACCAGACCCCAGCUUAUCAAGGACCUAAAACAUUCGCUCCUCAAUGUUGGGUUCUUCUACGUUUCCAAUGUUCCAAUCGAAGGCUACUCUCAGAUUCUGGAAGAUGUUAAGGCCGAGACCCAUCAUUUCUUUGACGAUUUGUCAAUGGAGGAUAAACUCGCCAUAGAGAUGGUCAACUCGCCUCACUUCCUCGGUUAUAACAGCUUUGGUAAUGAGAUUACCUCCGAUAAAGUCGAUUUGCGUGAGCAAGUUGACCUGGCAACUGAGUUACCAGCUCCUCCAAAAUCAACUUUGACUGAUUUUGAAGAAGUUUGGCGUAAUAUGGAGGGACCCAAUCAAUGGCCUAACUCGAGAGUUCUUCCAAAGUUCAGACCAGUGAUAGAAGGCUACAUCGAUAAGAUGAGUCUUUUCGCCAGAUGGUUCAUCGAAUUGAUUGAAGAAGCAUUAGAUGUUCCCAAGGGAACUUUCGAUCGUUUUUUCAAGCGUCAGGCCCAGGCCAAACUGAAGUUGAUCAGAUACCCAGAGUUGGAGCGGGCCGCUGAGAUUCCUGGUUUACCUACGGAGGCUGCAAAAGCUGUUCCAGUGGAUCUACAACAGGGAGUUGGUCCCCACCGUGAUCAGAGUUUCAUCACUUACAUCUACCAAGCAACUCCACACGUGUCGCUUCAAAUUCAGGAUCAGUUCAGUUCUGGUAAAUGGAUAGACGUCCCUCCCAUCCCAGAUACUUUGGUGGUUGCGGUUGGACAGACUCUCGAAUAUAUCACUAAGGAGGUAUGUACAGCAACAAUUCAUCGCGUGGUGACCCCAGAACCUGGUCUCGGUGAUAGGCUCUCGAUUCCAUUCUUCUACAACAUCGACAACGAGAGUAUUAAGGCACAGUUGGCUCUACCAUCUUCGCUGUUGGAUUUGAGAGACGAGCGCAACAAAGCACGCAGGGGUGAGUCCAUUGGAUUCCAGUUCCUAACUGCUGCUGACGAUGCGGUGGAGAACCAGAAACCCAUUGGCUGGACGAAUUUCCUGAACAGGAUUAAGUCCCACAGAGACGUCUCGCAAAGAUGGUACCCUCAGAUGCUCGAAUAUGUCUUAGAGCAGAUGUCGACUUGA